AAUAAAGUGCCUAUAUGCGUAUAAAUGCAAAUAAAGUGACAUAAAUUAAUAAGAGAUAUAAUUUAAGUAAAAACAUCACACGUGGAUAUACAUGCCAUUUCUGAAAUGAACACAUGACGUAGACAUCGCUUUCAACGUCGCUGUCAGUAAUGCGGAAGUAAACUUUUCGAAACCCACCAGUCUCCAUUCUCACAGAUGUCCUCUGCAAUGAUGGAAGGUUCUUCAAAAAGCGAUGCCACAACCGAGACCUCUGUUGCCGCACAAGUUCCCUUCAUCAACCUCUGCACAGUUCUGGAGAAAAUCCAAAAGACCAAACUCCGACCAGAUAAAUCCACGAUCCUCAAGGACUUCAUAGAUUCAUGGAGGAAGUUCCAUGCGGCGCUUCACAAGGGCAAUACAAGCACCACAGACUCCUUCUACCCAGCCAUGCGUCUCAUCGUGCCUCCAUUUGAGCGAGAGCGAAUGGCUUACGGUAUAAAAGAGAGCAUGCUGGCAAAACUUUACAUUGAUGUUUUAGGUCUUCCUAAGAAUGGACCUGAAGCUAACAAACUUUUGAAUUACAGAGCCCCGACUACAUCCCAAGGGGAAACCGGUGACUUUGCCCUCACCGCAUACUUUGUCCUCAAAAACAGGUGCACUAGCAAGGGGAAUUUAAGCCUCAAAGAAGUCAAUGACUUUUUGGAUUCGGUAGCGUUCAACAAUGCCAGCAAACAGAAGGAUCAGGUGAAGAAAAGCCUUUUACAGGUGAUUACUCAAAGCUCAGCAUUGGAGCAAAAGUGGCUAAUUAGGAUGAUCCUUAAAGAUAUGAAACUUGGCAUUAGCAAAGAGACGAUACUAAAGGUUUUUCAUUCAGAUGCACCAGAAUAUUACAACGUCACUACAGAUCUGGAUAAAGUGUGCAGGCAACUUCACGACCCAUCCGUGUCGCUAAGCGAGAUGUCCAUUAAUCUGUUUUCUGCUUUUAAACCAAUGCUGGCUGCCGUUGCCAACAUCGGACAAAUCGAGAAGCAAAUGGGCAACCAGCCGUUCUAUGUUGAGACGAAGCUUGAUGGCGAACGCAUUCAGUUGCACAAAGAUGGAGAUGUGUACAAAUACUACACCAGGAACUCUUACGAGUACACGCAACAGUUCGGCGCCUCUCCACUGGAGGGCUCUCUCACGCCGUACAUUCACAACAUCUUCAAACCUCAUGUGGUGAACUGCAUUUUGGAUGGAGAGAUGAUGGCCUAUAACCCCACGACCGAGACCUUCAUGCAGAAAGGCAGUAAGUUUGAUAUUAAAAGGCUGGUGGACGACUCGGAACUGCAAACUUGUUUUUGUGUGUUCGAUGUGCUGUUGUUAAACAACGGGAAAUUUGCAAACGAACCCCUCAAGAAGCGUUAUGAAAUUCUUCAUACCAUCUUCACCCCAAUCAAAGGCCGUUUCCAGCUGGUUUCUAAAUCCGAAGGGAAAACAAUGCAAGAAGUGGUGAACGCUCUCAACGAAGCCAUUGACAAUCGGGAGGAGGGGAUUAUGGUUAAGGACCCGAUGUCUAUAUACAAACCCGAUAAACGUGGUAAAGAAUGGCUGAAGAUUAAACCGGAAUAUGUCGAUGGUCUGAUGGAUGAACUGGAUCUGCUCAUAGUGGGUGGCUACUGGGGGAAAGGCAGGAGAAGCGGAAUGUUGUCGCAUUUUCUUUGCGCCGUGGCCGAGGAGCCGAGUCCCGGGGAGAAGCCCACAGUGUUCCACACGCUCUGUCGCAUCGGAUCGGGCUACACUUUGAAAGAACUUUACGAUCUCGGACUGAAGUUGGCCAAGCAUUGGAAGAUUUACAACAAAAACCAUCCUCCGGCGUCUAUCUUGUGCGGAAUGGAAAAGCCAGAGGUUUACAUAGAACCGCGAAACUCCGUCAUCAUACAAGUCAAAGCGGCGGAGAUCGUUUCCAGUGAAAUGUACAAGACCAGCUGCACCUUACGCUUCCCCAGAAUAGAACGGAUCCGAGAGGAUAAGGAAUGGCACCAAUGCAUGAACUUGACCGAACUCAGUCAGUACCGUUCCAAGGCUUCUGGAAAACUUGCGUCCCGACAUCUACACAUCCAAGAGGGUCAACCUGAAAAGAAGAAGCGUAAAGUUGUGGCCAGGCCCAAGAAGACAAUCUGUAUCAUCGACCACUUCCGAUCUCAGGAUUUAUCAGCCGUCGCCAAAGAGACCGAUAUGUUCGAAGGGGUGGAGUUUUGCGUCAUCAACGGGAAUGACGAGCGCUCCAAAGCGGAGCUGGAGAAGUACGUGGCACGCGCUGGAGGUAUCGUCGUUCAGAACCCUGGAAGGGACACGUACUGCGUGAUUGCCGCCGUCCAGAACAUGAGAGUGAAGAACCUCAUCUCUUCAGACCAGCACGAUGUUGUUUGGGCUGCCUGGCUCGUGGAGUGUCUGGAAAAGAAGAAGGUGGUACCGUGGCAGCCGCGUCACAUGAUCCACAUGUCACCACCCACGAAGGAACACUUCGCAAAGGAGUACGAUAAGUACGGAGACAGUUAUUACGUCGACACGAAUGAACAGCUGCUCAGGGAUGUGUUUGGAAGGAUAGAACAAGUAGAUGCUGAGGUUUCGUCUGUGGCACAAGUGGAAGCAAAGUACUCUUGGGAUGACUUGCACACUAGCAUUUUUAGGCCUUACGGUGCAUACUUUGACCGGUGUUCUGAUUUAGGAGAUCCGCAUACGCUUAUCAAGGGUACGUGUCUGGACACACGAGCCUUAGAAUUUAGAUUUCAUGGUGGUGCAGUUGUGGAGAAACUGAAGGAGGGAAUCUCGCAUGUCAUAAUAGAUGAUGAGGGAAGAAUUUUGGACUUGAAGACGCUAAGGCGUCUAUAUAGGAAGAAGUUCAAAAUCGUUCGGGAAUCGUGGGUGACCGAUUCCAUCAAAGCAGGCCAUGUGGUGGAUGAGAUAGACUACCUCUUAUAACAAUGAAGGCUACCACACAAGGUGUUAGAACACUGAUUUUAAUAUUAGCUGGCUUGUUAGCUAAUUAGCUGCCAGUCUAAAAUAACUACAUUUUAAAGACUAUUAAAGAAAAUAUUGUUGUCAGGAUUUUAAUAUUGUAGAUAAGGGUGUUGAUCUUGCUGUUGAAAAUGCCUACAUCAUAUCCAUCUAAAGUGCAUGGCUAGUUUUGCUCCGUUCUAAACAAAUAUGGGCAUACAAAAUCAAAAGUACUACAAAAAAGAUUGAUUGUGUUUUUAAAGUUAAUGAAUAGAAUCGUGGUAACCUUGCUGACACAUAGAUUACAGUUGAAAUGCUAAAUAAAGUGGGAUGACCUAUUAUAAAAUGUUCUUAAUAUUGAUGUUGAUGUUACUGCAAUAUUCAUUGUUUUAUUAAAUAUUUUGAGGGAAAAAGUAACUGUUCUCCUUAAAGAAGCAUUCUUUUAUCUGUAUAGCAGUAUAUAUAUAUUGAACUUUUCAACAUUUAGAAAUGCUGAUUAAAUGAAAAUUUGAAAUGGUCUUUAUGUAAUGUAUAUGUAUGUAUACUGUAUAUAUUAAAAGGGUUUUGAUUAGAAAACACAA